AUGGCCAUUUCGUUGCUCAUAGUCAACCCAAACAGCUCGGAAAAAGUCACCACCAACUUGAAACAGGUGGUGACUGCGCCGGAAGGAGCAGAGUUGGUCUUCUACACUGCUCCCUCAGCAGCGCCGAAGGAGAUCACAGGAGAGCAAACAUCGCUCGAAUCAACGCGGAUUGUCAUGGCCGACAUCAAGGAACGGAAACUAGACACCCAACAUGACGGGUUCAUGGUGUGCUGCUACUCGGACCACCCGUUGAUCCAGCAGUUGAGCCAAUUGACUAAAAAGCCCGUCGUGGGAAUCAUGCAGGCGACGUUGAUAUACGCUCUUCUGAGCCCGUUUGUGAAGAAACUGUUCGUCUUGACCAGCACGAGCGCAUGGGAGCCGUUGCUUGACAAGGGCAUCGCGGAUUUUGCUGGCGCUGCGAGUUUUCCCCUGAACAAGUUCCAGAAAACUAGGGGUCUAAAUGUCAGUGUUCUCAAUCUAGCUGACGACGACGAGUACGGCAAGAUCCGCAGCAGGGUCAAGGAGAUCCUUGAAGUGGAAUAUAAAGCCGAUAACAUCGACUGUGUUUUGUUGGGAUGUGCGGGCAUGGCAGGCCUAGACAAAAAGUUGGAGGCUGACUACCCUGGUGUUCGUUUUAUUGAUAGCGUGAAGAUUGCUACUCAUCUUCUAAAUGGCUUGGUGAGAUUUGAAACCACUCAAUAG